UACACGCGACCAGCGUGGAAGUGUAUCGUUUCUGUACGUAGGAGUGUAAAGUAGCAGCAGAGUUACCAAAUCUGUUGAAUAGUGUUGUAUUUAUCGCUAGAACACACCAACAACGAUGGGUUAUGGGUCUGGGACUACACUCUAGUAUGAUUAUGUGUAUAGGAACAAGAACUAGUCUGCUAGACAAGGAAGACUGCGAAUAACCUCAUCUAACCAACAAGGCAAUCCAAAUGCAAGCCACUCGAGUAAAUAGGAGUCCGCAAACUACGUUCGCCCUUGAAUAGACGUCGUAGCGCGCGGAGGAAAUAUGCCGUUCUCCAGGAAACACUUCAAAAGGGUCCCAGUGCACGUAGUGGAAAACCACGACGAUGUCUUGCCAUUUAUUUACCGCUGUCUGGGCUCGAAGCAUCUUCCAUUCGAGGGAAACACGAUCGUGCACUUGGACUCUCAUCCCGACAUGCUCGUACCGAAAUCCAUGCCAGCGGACACGGUGUGGAACAAAAAUGAGCUGUUCGAUGAGAUCAGUAUCGAGAACUGGAUCUUACCGGCGGCUUACGCGGGUCACUUAAAGCACUUGAUCUGGGUGAAACCACCGUGGGCGAAUCAGAUGGCCGAUGGAGUGACGACCUUCCUCAUUGGUAAGCACAAGGAAAACGGUCAGAUAAGGCUCACGUGCACCGAGCCCUACUUCGUCAGCGAGGGACUGUACGCCAUGGCUGACGAGCUGGAUAACGCGCGAGAGGUCACCCUACACGUGAUGACUAUAGGCAAAUUCAUCGAGGAUCCAGGGACGAGGGACGAUUUCACGGCGAUCAGCUCCGCUCUACGUCAGUAUCUACCCGAGAGAGACACCCCCUACAUUCUGGACGUCGAUCUGGACUUCUUCAGCACUAGGAAUCCUUUCAAAACGAUCUACGAUCGCGUGAACCUCUAUGACAAACUGGCGUCCUUGUACGCUUUCAAGCGACCCGACUCGACGGAACCCAAGGCCCUAAAGGACGCGACCACUGCGAGGAACGAGCAACUCGCCGAGCUGGAAAACUUAUUCGGGUACUUGGAGGAGCACAGAAGUCUUCAGGGAUAUCAGGGCGAGAAGUCUGCCAGAUACGAGGCAGUGGAACUGAUUUUUCACGAAGUGACCAGGGUUUACAAGGAGUCGGAGAUCGACUGGAAGUUGGUACACGACGCAGGCUGUACCAGGGAUGACACGGAUCUACCAGACCACGUCACCACGAGAAAGGAUCUCGAUCGGUUGAUCGGUGGUACUUUCUGGUCCUUCCUGGCAGCCCUUCCUGCUACGCCAACCAUCGUCACCAUCGCAAGAUCCAGCGAGGACGAAUACUGUCCUCCCGAAGACGUCGACCAGAUUCAACUUGAGGUUCUGGAGGAAAUUCGUCAACGUCUGGGGGAUAUCGACGUACAGCUAUCGUAUGGGGAAGAGGAGAUAUUUUAAUUUAGGAAAAGUAAAUAGCUCGAUCGAAAUUAUUUCAUACGUAGGGUAGACUUCACUAGUUACUUUUCAGUUUUCCCUUUUUGGGGGCUUUUUUAGAAGCAAAACUCGUACAAUCAAGAAUUAGGUAAUUCAAAUGUUGCUAGAAGAUUGAGAAUAAUAAAAAUACAUGCUCAAGCCUGAUAAGAGGCAUAUCUUA